UCAUGAUUUAGUUUGCCAGUUGCAUUUCAAGAGCGAACAUAUUAACAUGUACAACAAAAUUGUUAUUAAGGAUGUUGUCCAUUUACAUGAAUUACAUAGGAAAACACUCAAACCAGAAGCGUUGCCAACAAUUCAGCAUCAGUUCCACAGUUCUGCUGGUGAACAUCUUGUGGAAGAGCAAAUGUUGCAAGACAAACAAAAGCUUGUACAUCAACAACCAGAAAUAAUACAACAUCAAGAAGAAAUUGUGAAUCAGCACUCACAGCAAGAAUCAGAAGUUCCCAUAGAACAUAAUUACUGCGUACAACAAUCAGAAAAACCAUUGCAAUAUUUGUUGGACAAAUAUCAGCAAUUCUUGCCCCAGCAUUGGGCUUACAUACCAAAGCCUGAUGGAAUAGAAUACAUUAGGUUGGAUCCAGAGACUCGUCUCAUUAAAAACCACAUAAUGGUUAAAGAUGAUUUAGCAGUUUUGGUUAUCUUUCCCAAUAAAGAAAGACUACAUGUAGAUGACCAAAUUGUCUCGGCACUGCCUGAAGAUGUUUAUGCAUAUCUGAAAAGUGUGCAGAAGUGGCCAUUGUGUGUUGGCACCCAAAUUGAGAAUCAAAGUUUUUGGAAAGGAUGUCAAGGAGUUAUUGUUGGACAUGGAAUGUAUAAAAGAAUGCAACAAAAUCUUCAAUGUCAAUCAUGUCGAGUCCUCCGAAAGAAACUCAAUGAUAGAAAAGGUGGCAAUAGUGUCCAGGAAAAAUGGAUUAUAUUUGAGCGUAAGAAGGGUAGUACGCUGAAACAAUGUAAUCGUUUACAGAAAAAAGUGAGUAUUAGAUCAUAUUUACUUCUUUACUACAGGGUCUCUAUCAAUUAUUGUAACAUUGCAGUGUGGAUGUUCCCAGCUUGGAGAAGAUGAAACCACAGUAUUCUGCAACUAGAAGAUAUUGGCUAGCUCUCUGAGUGAUGGCAGAUAUUAGUUAAAUUUAAAGAGAUCCCUAGAAUUUGUUAUUCAUAAUUUAUUGUUCAUCAUAGCAUAACAUGAAAUUAUAAAAUUGUUUUUUUUUUUAAUUGAAUAAUGUCUUCUACUAGUAGUAGUAGUAGUAACAGUUGUUUAUACUUAUAUUAUUUCAUGUACAAUGUAGGUUUUCCCAGCUUGAUAUUAUUCAUGUAAAGUCUGAAAUAGAAAUUUUGAAUUUGAA